AUGAGCAAGCCGGCCGGAUCAACAAGCCGUAUUUUAGAUAUCCCCUGUAAAGUGUGUGGCGACCGCAGCUCGGGGAAACACUACGGGGUCUACGCCUGCGACGGCUGCUCGGGGUUUUUCAAACGGAGUAUCCGAAGGAAUAGGACGUAUGUCUGCAAAUCUGGAAACCAGGGAGGCUGCCCGGUGGACAAGACGCACAGAAACCAGUGCAGGGCGUGUCGGCUGAAGAAGUGUUUGGAAGUCAACAUGAACAAAGAUGCCGUGCAGCACGAGCGGGGGCCUCGGACGUCCACCAUUCGCAAGCAGGUGGCCCUCUACUUCCGUGGACAUAAGGAAGAGAACGGGGCGGCUGCGCACUUCCCGUCCGCCGCGCUGCCGGCGCCGGCGUUCUUCACCGCAGUCACGCAGCUCGAGCCCCAUGGCUUGGAGCUGGCCGCCGUGUCCGCCACCCCGGAGCGGCAGACUCUCGUGAGCCUGGCUCAGCCCACGCCCAAGUACCCCCAUGAAGUGAAUGGGACCCCAAUGUAUCUGUAUGAAGUGGCCACAGAGUCCGUGUGUGAAUCAGCCGCCAGGCUUCUGUUUAUGAGCAUCAAGUGGGCUAAGAGUGUACCAGCUUUCUCCACACUAUCUUUGCAGGACCAGCUGAUGCUUUUGGAAGAUGCUUGGAGAGAACUGUUUGUUCUAGGAAUAGCACAAUGGGCCAUUCCGGUUGAUGCUAACACUCUACUGGCUGUAUCUGGCAUGAACGGUGACAACACAGAUUCCCAGAAGCUGAACAAGAUCAUAUCUGAAAUACAAGCUUUACAAGAGGUGGUGGCCCGAUUUAGACAACUCCGGUUAGAUGCUACCGAAUUUGCCUGUCUGAAAUGCAUCGUCACUUUCAAAGCUGUUCCUACACACAGUGGUUCUGAGCUGAGAAGUUUCCGGAAUGCUGCCGCCAUCGCAGCCCUUCAAGAUGAGGCCCAGCUAACCCUCAACAGCUACAUCCAUACCAGAUAUCCCACGCAACCCUGUCGCUUUGGAAAACUCCUGUUGCUUUUGCCAGCUUUACGAUCUAUUAGUCCAUCAACCAUAGAAGAAGUGUUUUUCAAAAAAACCAUCGGCAACGUGCCAAUUACAAGACUGCUUUCAGAUAUGUACAAAUCCAGUGAUAUCUAAGCUCCGAGUUCCCGCUUUUCAGGAUGGGACAGUAUCUGAUGAACUUCGACCCACGGAGAACAAGCCUCAACUAACAAACCCUUCAGGAAGCAUAAACCUGGGAAUGUGUAGCCUUCAGAAAAACAUGCCAAUGGACACAAAACAGUUCCAGUUGCUUUGACGUGCUGCCUCCCCCAGGGUGGGGCAGUGGGGAAGGAAAGGGGGCAUCACAGGACCACCUGAACAGAGAAAACUCCCUGCUGCCACGCCCUGGGAAGGGGACCCCCGAUUCAGGGGUUGCCGCAGGCCGUGCCAUUCUGCCUCCUACCUGGAAUAUCGGGCUGAACUCUCAAAAGCUGAACCAUCAGUAGAACUUUCUUUUCCUUUUUAGCAUAUGAAGUUGGGUAACCAAAUAGAGCUCUGUGUAUAACAUCAUACGGCAGCCUUCAGAACUAUUUUAUGUUGGAGAAUUUAUUUUAAAAAAUAAUGAUUAGGUUUUAAAGCAAAAGUUUUAUCAAAAGUUUUUCUUCUAUCGUAAUACAUCAUGAAGUGGCCUUCAGGACUGAGUUAGUAAAUGAAAGGUAGCUUAUGCCGUGAGACUUGCUUUUUCUCUGUUUUCUCUCCUUUCUCUUUCUUUUGUUCUUCUCCUUCUUCCCCUCCUCCUCCUCCUUCUCUUCAAUACUAUAGGCCAGGCAACCUUGUCCAAGGAACUGGUGGACGAAAAUGAGAUUCUCACCAGGACUUCAGGUUGGAUAACAUCUCAAAAAUAGAAGAGCUUUACUAAAAGAACACAAGUUGAGGGAGGAUGAAUAAAAACAGCAAAACCAAAUAAAGUGGAGGUGAAGGAUGAGGCAGAUCGCUGUCCCGUUAACAAAGUGCUGAAACCAAAGGCGAUGGGGGUCCAAACUCGUGUUUCAGCGAGUCACACCAGAGUAAAUGAACAGAGACAUAAUGUCAGAAGGAACCACAAGGAGAUGAAGGCUAAAAGGUUUCUUGAUUGAUCCAUUGCUAACAGCCUGAGACUCUUCAAUGCCUUUCAGAAAACCGGUUUCUAGUAAAGCCUUGAAUGCGCGCAUGCACACACACACACACACACACACACUCCGUCCUACACUAUAAGCUGCUCCUUUGGUAUGAAUCUAUACUUAUGGAAAUGUAGAAACAACCAUUUUAAAAUAGCUGCUGUACUUUUCACAUUUUGAUUUAUUAGGUACUAGCACUGAGGAAAAAUAUUCAGCACUUGGACUAUCAUAGGAUGAGUAAAACUUUUCUUGUACAAAGUGAAUUAACUGAUUUGUGAAGUUAAAAGGUUGUACUCAUUGUAUUUACAAAGAAUAAAAAUAUAUUGGAUUUAAAGGAACUCUACCUGAUUUCUUAGCCUCCCUCCCUGGCUGGCUCUUGCCCUGCCAGCUAUGAGGUGGCCGUGUCAGCUGGUGUAGAAACUGAAACUCAGAGCACUCCAGCCUGAAGAACUGAACCACAAAGGCAAUUUCC